UCAGUCAUUUUUGCUUUCAUCUUUUGUGCAAUAUAAAAAAGACUGAGAGCAAAUUUUCAUCAGUUGUUGUUGUUGUUGCUGUUGUUUCAACUUUUAAUUUUUAAUUUUCUUUUAGUUUCUAUUCAACAAAAAACACAAAAGCAAAAGUCCCAACCAAAGUUGGUAAACAAUUUUUGCGGAUAAUCAAACAAUCUUAACACUUGUGCACAAACACAAUUAAAGGAUUUACUAGUGCAAUUGAUCAAUAAAUUGUUUUCACCUUUUCGUUUCAAUUUCGUAACUGGAAAAGUCAACAAUGGCAGAAGAUCCAGAUCCAACUCAAUACCUGUUCAUUUCUCUUGAGCAAAAGAGAAAAGAUCAAACCAAACCUUACGAUGGUAAAAAAAUGGUUUGGGUUCCCGAUGAAAAGGAAUGUUUCAUCCUCGGAAAUAUCUCUUCAACCAAAGGUGACAUCGUAACCGUUGAUUGUGGUAAAGGUGAUGAGCGACAAGUGAAAAAGGAUUUACUUCAACAAGUGAAUCCACCAAAGUUCGAGAAAUGCGAAGAUAUGUCUAAUCUUACCUAUCUUAACGAUGCUUCUGUCCUUCACAAUCUUAAAGAACGUUAUACUGCCCAACUUAUUUAUACUUACUCUGGACUUUUCUGUGUUGCUAUCAAUCCUUACAAACGAUUUCCCAUUUAUACUGGACGAGUAAUCAAGAUGUACCAAGGAAAGCGACGAAGUGAAAUGCCUCCUCACUUGUUCGCUAUCUGUGACGGUGCCUACACUGACAUGUUGACAAACCGAGAAAAUCAAUCCAUGUUGAUUACUGGUGAAUCUGGUGCCGGUAAAACUGAGAACACAAAGAAAGUAAUUGCUUACUUCGCUCAGGUUGGUGCUUCUUCAAAGAAGGAAGAAGCCAAAGACAAGAAGAAGGGCUCAUUGGAAGAUCAAAUUGUCCAAACUAAUCCAGUUCUUGAGGCUUAUGGUAACGCCAAGACUGUACGUAAUGACAACUCUUCACGUUUCGGUAAAUUCAUUCGAAUUCACUUUGGUCCAAUGGGUAAACUGGCUGGUGGUGAUAUUGAAACUUAUUUAUUGGAAAAAGCUCGUGUCAUCUCUCAACAAGCUGCUGAACGAUCAUAUCACAUCUUUUACCAGAUUAUUUCUGGUUCAGUUGCAGGAGUAUCAGAAAUGUGUUUACUCAGUAACGAUGUUUGCGACUAUCACUUCGUUUCUCAGGGUAAAACUACAAUUCCUGGAAUGGAUGAUGGAGCUGAAUUUGCUCUCACUGAUGAAGCUUUCGACAUUCUUGGUUUCAGCCUGGAAGAGAAGCACAACAUUUACAAGAUUACUGCUGCUGUUAUGCAUUUAGGUGAACUUAAAUUCAAACAGCGACCCCGAGAAGAGCAAGCUGAAGCUGAUGGUACUGAAGAGGGUGAACGAGUUGCCCACUUGUUGGGUCUUAAUGCUGCCGAUUUGUACAAAAACUUGUGCAAACCUCGAAUCAAGGUCGGUAACGAGUUUGUCAACCAAGGUAAAAGCAAGGAGCAAGUUUCAUACUCUAUUGGUGCCUUGGCUAAAGCCAUUUUCGAUCGUCUCUUCAAAUGGAUGGUUAAAAAGAUUAACGAAACUUUGGACACUAAACAAAAGCGACAAUACUUCAUUGGUGUACUUGAUAUUGCAGGUUUUGAAAUUUUCGAGUACAAUAGUUUUGAACAAUUUUGCAUCAACUUUACCAAUGAGAAGCUUCAACAAUUUUUCAAUCAUCACAUGUUUGUCCUCGAACAAGAGGAAUACAAACGUGAAGGAAUUGAAUGGGAAUGGGUUGAUUUUGGAAUGGAUCUUCAAGCCUGUAUCGAUUUAAUCGAAAAGCCUAUGGGUAUCCUUUCAAUUUUAGAGGAAGAAAGUAUGUUCCCUAAAGCUUCCGACAAGACCUUCUUGGACAAACUGAACACCAACCAUCUUGGAAAAUCACCAAACUUCCAGAAACCCAAACCUCCCAAGCCAGGUCAAAGUGAGGCUCACUUUGCUCUUGUCCAUUAUGCCGGUACUGUGCCAUACAACAUCACUGGUUGGCUUGAGAAGAACAAGGAUCCUCUUAACGAUUGUGUCGUUGACCAGUUCAAACACUCAUCCAACAACUUGUUGGUUGAAAUUUUCGCUGACCAUCCCGGUCUUGGUGCUGAUGAUUCAACUGCUUCCAAGGGUGCUGGUGGUAAAGGUGGUGGUGGACGUAAGAAGGGUUCUGGUUUCCAGACUGUAUCUGGUUUAUACAGGGAACAACUUAAUAAGCUGAUGACUACCUUAAGAUCAACCCAACCUCACUUUAUCCGGUGUAUCAUUCCCAAUGAAACCAAAACUCCAGGAUUCAUUGAUUCUCAUCUUGUUAUGCACCAGUUGACCUGUAACGGUGUGCUUGAAGGUAUUCGUAUCUGUCGUAAAGGUUUCCCUAACAGAAUGGGUUACCCUGAUUUCAAACAACGUUAUACUAUCUUGGCUCCUACCGCUGUACCUAAGGGAUUCGUUGAUGCCAAACAAGUUGCCGCAAAGGUUACUGAAGCAAUUCAACUUGAACCUGAAAACUUCCGAUUGGGACACACCAAGAUCUUCUUCCGAGCUGGUAUUUUGGGUCGUCUGGAGGAGAUGCGAGAUGAGAGGUUAAGCAAAAUAGUUACAUGGCUACAAGCUUGGUGUCGAUGGUGGUUUGUUAAGAAGACCUUUAAACGACUUCAAGAACAACGUAUUGCUUUACUUGUUAUCCAAAGGAAUCUACGUAAAUUCUUGACUCUUCGUAACUGGCUCUGGUGGAAGUUGUACUCUAAGGUUAAGCCUUUGUUGACCAUGGCCAAGGUUGAAGACGAAAUCAAAGCCUUGGAAGAGAAGCUUAAAAAGGAAACUGAAGAGAAGGAAAAAGAAGCCAAACUUCGAAAAGAAUUGGAAGUUCAAAAUGUUAAACUGUUACAAGAAAAGAAUGAUCUCUUCCUUCAAUUGGAGGCCGAAAGAUCAGGUGCCGGUGAUGUUGAGGAACGUCUUCAGAAAACAAUGUCACAGAAACACGAUUUGGAACAACAGUUACAGGAAUUACAAGAUCGUUUAUCACACGAAGAAGAUGCUCACACUCAACUGUCUGGUUCCAAGAAAAAGUUGGAACAAGACAUUUCCCAUUUGAAGAAAGAGAUUGAAGAUCUUGAACUUUCCUUACAAAAAGCUGAACAAGACAAAGCCACCAAAGAUCAUCAAAUUCGCAACUUGAACGAUGAAAUUGCUCAUCAAGAUGAAAUGAUCAACAAGUUGAACAAGGAAAAGAAACACCUUCAAGAAUCUGUCCAGAAAACUUCUGAAGACCUUCAAGGUGCAGAAGACAAGAUUAACCAUCUUAACAAGGUAAAAGCCAAGCUUGAGCAAACCUUAGACGAAUUAGAAGACAACCUCGAACGAGAAAAGAAACUUCGAGCUGAUGUUGAAAAGAACAAGCGAAAGAUUGAAUCUGACCUUAAACUUGCCCAAGAAGCUGUCGCUGACUUGGAAAAGAACAAGAAGGAAUUAGAAGGAGCCAUUCAACGAAAGGAAAAAGAAAUGGCAUCAUUGUCCGCCAAACUCGAAGACGAACAAUCAUUGGUAGCCAAACUUCAAAAGCAAAUCAAAGAGAUUCAGUCUCGAAUUGAGGAGCUUGAAGAAGAGCUUGAAGCUGAACGACAAGCCCGUGCCAAGGCAGAGAAACAACGAGCUGAUUUGGCCCGUGAAAUUGAAGAAUUAUCUGAGCGUCUUGAGGAAGCUGGAGGAGCAACAACAUCCCAAAUUGAACUUAACAAACGCCGAGAAGCUGAAUUGGCUAAACUUAGACGUGAUCUUGAAGAGUCAAACCUUCAACAUGAACAAGCCAUGGCUGCCCUUAGGAAGAAACAUAAUGACGCUGUUGCUGAGCUUUCAGAGCAGCUCGAUAACGUAGUCAAAAUAAAGGCCAAAAUCGAAAAAGAGAAACAGCAAAUGAAGGGUGAACUUGAUGACAUGAAAACUGGAAUGGAUCAUGUCGCUAAGGAUAAGGCCAAUCUUGAGAAGCAAAACAAACAAUUAGAAAUGCAAUUAGGCGAAUUACAGCACAAGAUUGACGAACAGAACCGAACCUUGGGUGACUUUGAUGCCUCCAAGAAGAAGCUUGCCGUUGAAAAUGGUGAACUUCAAAGACAAUUGGAAGAAGCUGAAUCACAAGUUAACCAAUUAGGUAAAUUGAAGGCUUCCCUUCAAUCACAACUCGAAGAAGCUAAGCGAACUGCUGACGAAGAAAGCAGGGAACGAGCUGCUAUCAUGGGUAAAUACCGAAACUUGGAACACGAUUUAGAUGGUUUACGAGAACAAUUGGAAGAAGAGGCUGAAGGUAAAGCUGACUUGCAACGUCAAUUAUCCAAGGCCAAUGCUGAGAUCACCGCUUGGAGAACCAAGUUUGAAUCUGAAGGUUUGGCUCGAUUGGAAGAAUUGGAAGAAUCAAAGAAGAAGUUACAGAUCAAAUUACAAGAGUCAGAGGAACACAUUGAACAGCUCAAUGCCAAGUGUUCUGGCUUAGAAAAGACCAAGCAACGAUUACAGGGAGAAAUUGAAGACAUGUCCAUUGAAGUUGAAAAGGCUAACUCGUUGGCCGCUUCACUUGAGAAGAAGCAGAAACACUUCGACAAAAUUGUCGCCGACUGGAAGCACAAGGUUGACGAUUUGGCUGCCGAGUUGGAUGCUUCUCAAAAGGAAUGCCGAAACUACUCUACCGAAUUAUUCAAACUUAGAGCCUUGUACGAAGAGUCACAAGAACAUUAUGAAGCCGUUAAGAGGGAGAACAAGAACCUUCAAGAUGAGAUUAAGGAUCUUAUGGAUCAAUUAGGUGAAGGUGGACGCUCAGUUCAUGAACUCGAAAAGAUGAGAAAGAGAUUAGAGAUGGAGAAGGAAGAGUUGCAAGCUGCUUUGGAGGAAGCUGAGGCUGCUUUGGAACAAGAAGAAAACAAGGUUCUUCGAGCUCAACUUGAAUUAUCUCAAGUUCGACAAGAAAUUGACCGAAGACUCCAAGAGAAGGAAGAAGAAUUUGAAAACACCCGAAAGAACCAUCAACGAGCCCUUGACUCAAUGCAAGCUUCUCUCGAGGCUGAGGCCAGAGGAAAGGCUGAGGCACUCAGGAUGAAGAAGAAGUUGGAAUCAGACAUUAAUGAGCUUGAAAUUGCUUUAGACCACGCCAACAAGGCCAAUGCUGAGGCACAAAAGACUAUUAAGAAAUACCAACAAAUGAUCAAAGACUUGCAAACUUCAUUGGAAGAAGAGCAAAGAGCUCGAGAUGAGGCUCGUGAGCAAUACGCAAUGGCCGAGAGACGGUGCAAUGCUCUUCAUGGCGAGCUUGAAGAGUCUCGACAGCUUCUUGAACAAGCUGACCGAGCUCGACGAAACGCUGAACAAGAGAACGGUGAACUUCAUGAGGCUAACAAUGAAUUGUCUGCUCAAAACGCUUCCCUUUCAAUGGCCAAGAGAAAGUUGGAGGGUGAAAUGCAGGCAUUACAAGCUGAUCUCGACGAAAUGUUGAAUGAAGCUAAACAAUCAGAGGAGAAGGCUAAGAAGGCCAUGGUUGAUGCUGCUCGUUUGGCCGACGAGUUGCGAGCUGAGCAAGAACACGCUCAACAACAAGAGAAGAUGAGGAAAGCCAUGGAACAACAAAUCAAGGAAUUACAAGUUCGCCUUGAUGAAGCUGAACAAGCAGCUCUUAAGGGUGGUAAAAAAGUCAUCCAAAAAUUGGAACAAAAGGUUCGUGAAUUGGAACAAGAACUUGAAUCUGAGCAAAGAAGGCACGGCGAUGCUGCCAAGAACCUACGAAAGGCCGAGAGACGCCUUAAGGAGCUUCAAUUCCAAUCAGAGGAAGACCGAAAGAAUCAAGAAAGAAUGCAAGAUUUGGUUGACAAGCUUCAACAAAAGAUUAAAACUUACAAGAGACAAAUUGAAGAGGCUGAAGAAAUUGCUGCCCUCAACUUGGCUAAAUUCCGUAAAGUUCAGCAAGAAUUGGAAGAUGCUGAGGAACGAGCUGACAUGGCUGAAAAUGCUUUGGCCAAAUUGAGAGCGCGUAAUCGAAGCUCUGCAUCAGCCAGCCGAGCCAUGAGUCCAGGACCUGGACUUCCUAAAGCACGGGCUCAGCAACAUGCAGAAUAAAUUCCAUUCGACUCCAGGAUAGUCAUUUUGCGAAAUGAACAAAAGACAUUCUGACUUUUCUUUUCCCACCUCCAUCAACCUCCCACCUCAAUCAGCACCUCAACGGAAAACUAAAAGAAUAAUUCAAUUGAGAUAAUUACACACACACAAGCACAUAAACACACAACAUUGAGGUUUGCUGUUUUAACAUCAACAUCGUUUUGAGUAAAAAUCGUUUUUUUCUUUCUCUUCUCUAUCUUUCGUUUCUCUCUUUCUUUUUUCAAUCUUUAACUGCUCAACCACAUUAUUCUGAAUUAAUUCAACAAUUGAUCGAAAGUUUAUCCAGUUAAAUGUCAAUCUUUAACAACAACAACAACAACAACAACAGCAACAGCAACGACACAAGGCAACAUCCAACAAAAGAAGAUGAAAAUAAGUAAACUUUCGAUGAAUGUUGAAAUUAUUACCUUUAAUUUUUCUCUUUUUUCUGUCUGUAUUUAUCUCGACUAUUGAUGUUAACCAUGACAAAACAAAAGACAAACAGCAACAGGAAACCAACACCAAUAAACGAAUCCACCAUUUAAAGAAGAACAUCAAUUUUUGUGAAAAAAAGAAACAAAUUGUAAUUAUUCUCUGAUAAAUUUUGGAGGCUGUGUGAUUAAUCAAAUUUACAAAACAAGAAAAAAAAUUGGCAAAACAAUAAACAUCGACAACAAGCAUUUUAGUGCAAUAUAAA